AUGCGGCUCCCUGACAACCGCAAAUCAAAUACGCUAUCUCGCAAAUCAAAUACGAUAUCUCGCAAAUCAAAUACGAUAUCCCGCAAAUCAAAUACGAUAUCUCGCAAAUCAAAUACGAUAUCCCGCAAAUCAAAUACAAUAUCUCGCAAAUCAAAUACCAUAUCCCGCAGAUCAAAUACGAUAUCCCUCAUAUCAAAUACGAUAUCCCGCAAAUCAAAUACGAUAUCUCGCAAAUCAAAUACGAUAUCCCAAGAAAUAUCGAGCAUCCUCAAAUCGCCACGAUAUCCCAAGAAAUCAAAUACACGAGCAUCCUCGCGAAAUCAAAUAAUGAUAAACCCUAAAUACAAGAACCCGCGAAAUCAAAUACGAUAUUCAGGAUCAACACGCGAUAUCCCCAAAUCAAAUAGACACGACAUCCCAGCAGGAUCAAAUACCAUAUCCC